CAAAAAACCACAGCUCUCUUGCAUAAGCGCAUAAGCAUGCAUAAUAAUUGCUAUAAAUUGAAAUUGCAAAAGUGAGAAAGUCUACUUUCUUUUAUAGUAGUAUAAUUGCAGUGGUGUAAGGCAGUUUUUCAUCUUCAUUGUGUGUGCUCUCUGCCUUUCAUCAAUAUUUCAAGGCAAGACAGACAUGCAAAUGCUUAAAGCUGGAGAAGAGAAGCCGCUCUUUACUGCUUCACUUUCAGUCGAUAUACUGAAGCUAACAAACCCAAUGAGUAGCUAUGCUCCCUAUGUCUCGGAAAUGGACUCCUCUUUACAACUUGGGAAGCAUCCAAGAGUGAAAACAACAGUUCCCAAGCAACCUAGAGAAUCGAUGAUGGAAGAACAAAACAGUUCAACGUCCUGUGAUAGUGAUAUCGAAUCCAGCCCAAUUUUCCACACUCCACCAAAUACACCUCCGUUUGAAAAAAUGUCAAAAAGGGCGAAAUAUCGAACGGUUGAAACUCCAACUCUUCAUUCUUUUGAUGAAGGAUUCCAGUUUUCUGAUGAAAGCUUCCGACGAUUCAGCUCAAGAAGCCGAAAACAGACUCACUUUUUAGGUGUUGGUAGCGAAGAGGCUGAGGUAGAUACUGAAAGGAAAAGAAGUAGACCUAGAGGAAGGAAGCUAUUGUUUUCUCCUCCACCAGUACCAGCAUUGAAAAGAGAUGUCUUUGGUCAAUCUUCUAUUUUGAAAGAUGAAGAUAGGUUGCAGGUGACAGGGAGCAAAGACACGGUGGAGCAGCAGCAGGAAGCUGAGGGGGAUGAGAAUACAAUCACUUCUGCAACCACUCCAGCUGUAGUAAAGCAAGCAGAAGAGAAACCCCAGGAUGACUCAGCAGGCUCAGUACCAGAAGACUCCCCUGCACAGCCUGUCACCAGAGAAUGGCUUGAAGAGAGCUUCCGUGUGGGCACAAUGGUAUGGGGCAAGCUCCCUGGAUACUGCUGGUGGCCCGGGAUGGUUAUCAGUUACGGUGGUCCCGGUGCUGAACGCGAUGACGAGGGAACAGGAGAGUCCAAUGUCCAAGCAUGGGUGAAAUGGUUUGGAGAGACCCAGCUGUCCAGAAUUGCUGCUGAGAAACUGUGCUACUUUCAUGAGUUCAAGGAGUACUUUCAACCACUUCAGCUCAAGGGAACGUACAAGAAAGCUAUACUUGCUGCUGUCAAGGAAGCUGCCAAACGUUGCAAGGUCACCUUCCUCUCUUCUCCUGAGGACAAGAAGCUGCGUUGGAUAAUGUCAGACGAUUCGCCAUUGCCAAAGCUCAUCAUAGAGCAUCAAGAGAGCCCUCAGACCCCUCCCACUAUAGAGGAGGGUGUUGAAGCACCCAUACUUGAGAAUAAAGCUGAUCAGAAGGAACCCUCCUCUCAUGAGAACAGUGCAAAGGGAAAACCUCGCGGCCGUGGCAAACGAGGGAGAGCAAAAGGAGAAAAAAUGGCAAUACGCUUGACUGCACUUGAGCAGGAGAUGAUUGAGUGGGCGUAUGGUGGGUUCUUGCCGGGCGGUAAGGAGGGGCUACUCCCAGCCCCAGAGGAGGACAUACACGUUCAAGUUGUUCCAGUAGAGGCCAGAAACAAUGAGGAGAGGAGCAAUGAUGACAUGCCCAGGAAAAAGAGGAGAGUUAUGAUGUUGCAAGUGAGGAGCAGAGCUCGAUUCCACUCUGUUCUCGAAGGACGUGCCAAUCUCUCUGACAUGUGCAUCGGAUGUGGGGACUUGAACAUCAUUGCAGACCACCCUUUCUUUCGUGGAGGGUUGUGUGUGGAGUGCAAGAACGACUUCAUGGAGAGUGCCUACCUGUUCGAUGAAGACGGCUCUCAAAUGUACUGCACCAUCUGCUCUGCUGGGGAGGAGGUGUUUAUGUGUGAUGUGCAGAACUGCUCCAAAGUGUACUGUGCCAUGUGUGUGGAGAAGCUCUGUGGUAGUGCUGAACUCAACAGGGUCAAAGAGUCAGAGAAGUGGCUGUGCUACAUGUGUUCUCCUGAGCACAGUCACAUAGGACUGCUCGAGAAGAGGGAGGAUUGGGACAAGAAACUCAGAGAGCUCUUCCUGAAUGAUCACGAGAUGGAGUAUGAUCUACCAGCUUUCCAUCCAACCAUCCCCCCAGAGGAGCGGCGUCCAAUCAGAGUGCUCGGUCUCUUUGACGGCAUAGCAACGGGCCUUGUGGCGCUGAAGGAGUUAGGUGUGGAGGUGACCAAGUAUGUGUCCUCGGAGAUCGACACUGAUGCCAUAUUCGUGUCAAUGGUGCAACACAACGAGAUUGAGCAUGUGGGAGAUGUAGCAUCCAUAACAGAGAAAGAAAUUGAGGCAUGGGGACCAUUUGAUCUCGUUAUCGGAGGGAGCCCCUGUAAUGAUCUCUCUGUUGUGAACCCGGCCAGGAGAGGGAUAUACGAGGGUACUGGACGCUUGUUCUUUGAGUUCUACCGCAUCCUUAACUAUGUUAAGCCAGCUGUUGGUGAGGAGAGACCGUUCUUCUGGCUCUUUGAAAAUGUGGUCUCCAUGAAGCCUCAGGACAAGCAAACCAUCAGCAGAUUCUUGCAGAGCAACCCAGUGGUGGUGGAUGCCAAGGACAUAUCACCUGCACACAGAGCUCGCUAUUUCUGGGGCAAUCUGCCGGGCAUGAAUCGGCCCACCUCUGUCCUCCCAUCAGACCGCCUCACGCUGCAAAGUUGCCUGGAGCCAAACUGCUACAGAGUGGCCCAGUUCACAAAGCUGCGUACGAUCACCACCAAGAUGAACUCUAUCAAGCAGACCAAGAAAGCCAUCUUUCCCGUGAGGUUCGAGGGUGGGAGUGAGGAAGAAGAAGGUGACGUACUCUGGUGCACUGAGAUGGAACGAUUGUUUGGCUUCCCUGAGCACUACACUGAUGUUGGUAACCUCGGUCGUGCCGGUCGACAACGGUUGCUGGGGAAAGCGUGGAGUGUGCCUGUGAUUCGCCACCUCUUCUCUCCUCUCAAAGAGUACUUCAAGUCCUCCACCACCAAACAAGAGGGAGUGGCUGCCAUAGCCUCAGGGCAUGUCAAUGAGCAUUAUUGCCCUAGGGAUCCUCCCAUAGCAAGUUCUACUGGAGAUAUUACACCUCCUAGGGAUCCUCCCAUAACAAGUUCUACUGGAGAUAUUACACCUGUUUCCCCUAUUGUGAAACUAGACUAACUUAUUCUAUAGAAAUUCUACCCCCGUUAGCCCUUUUAAUGUUUGCUCAUUCUAUACUCAACACCUUGUAAUAUUUAUUCUCAUAUUUAUUUCAGUUGAUUUUUGUUGGCUUCAUAAUUAUAAUUAUUU